AUGCCAAGAGCAGAAAGAUGUAAAAAAGAUUCAGCAAAAGCAUUAGCGAAAGCAGCGGCUAAACCAGGUCAAUCUAAAAUAACAUCGCUGUUUGCAAAAGGAAACACAGGCCAUGAUUUUGAUUCUGCUUCAACAGGCGGAAUUGACACUGUAAUAACUGUCAACACUGAAAAAGUCUCAGACUGUGAGUCACAAAAAUGGUCCAAACCGAAAAGUCUGAUUUGUAAAACAGAAAAGAUAUGCAUGAAAACGACAUGGGUAAAACAUGAGAAAGACUUUACAAGUGAAGACAAGAAAAGUAGUGUGAAGCAUGGUCGAUAUUUCCAAGGUCAGUGGUUACGAAAUUAUGAGUGGCUAGUGUACAAUCAAGAAAAAAAUAAGGCUUUUUGCGAAAUUUGUUCUACUCACUCUAAGAUAAAGGGAGUGUUUGGCAGUUAUGAAGUUGGAUUUGAUAACUGGAAAAAAGGCUGUGAGAAAUUCAACGAACAUGAAAACAGUUACGCUCAUAAAGAAGCUUAUGCCACAUCAGACAAAAGGCAAUUGUCUAUUAGCAUGGCCUGCAGUUCGCUUGCUCUUGAAACGCAGCAGUUAAGACGGAAAGGGUUAAUUUCACAUCUUCAAACAUUAAAAACACUAUUACGCCAAGGUAUUGCGAUUAGAGGUAGAACGGAUUUUGAAUCUAAUAUUCAUCAGUUCAAUCUUGAUAAAGCUAUCAACGACAAGGCACUAAAACUUUUACUUGACGAGAACCGAUACGUUACUGCACACGACAUCCUGGACGAGCAGAAACAGAUGAUUGUAUUAAAUGCUCGAAGACAUUUGAUUGAUAAAAUUCUCGUAAGAGAAUCAUUUUCAAUUCUAGCUGACGAAUCAUCAGACGUAUCUAAGAAAGAACAGCUGUCUUUCUCCGUAAGGACCUGUGAUGAUAAUUACGAAGUAUCGGAAGAUUUUGUUGGAAUUUAUGAAUGUUCGCAAGGACUUUCAUCUGAUGCAUUACUGCACUACACCAAAGAUAUCCUUCUCAGAUGUGGCAUGGAAGGUCACAAAAUGGCAGCUAUGGGCUUUGAUGGGGCUUCAGCAAUGAAAUCCCUCGCAAGAAAGCUCAAGGAAGAUAUUGCACCAAACGGAAUUUAUGUUCAUUGUUUCAGUCACUGCAAUGAACUUAUUAUACAGGAUGCAGCUAAGCAAUCUAAUUUAUUGUCUACAUCACUGGAUUUAUGCCAAUCUCUGUAUGCAAUCGUAGGUGCCCAUCCAAAACGUAUUUUAUUGUUCGAAGAAAUACAGGCAGAUUUUAGAAACGAAACAGGAACAAACGAUUACAAAGUUCUACGACUCCAAAGUCUUUCUACAACGAGAUGGACAACAAGAGUAAAGGCUGCUGACGUCAUUUUCGAGAAAUCGGCUGAACUACAUGCAACCCUUGAAAAAUUGAAGGAAGAUCCUAGCAUUUCGGCAGACACAAAAGCAAAGAUUAGAGGAAUAUUAAGGCGACAACUGUCUUCCUUAAUCGUCAUCUUUAACUUAAACGUGACAAGAAAGCUAUUGGCUUUACUCGAGAAGCUUUCUAAAGAGCUCCAAGCGGUUUAUAUUUCAGCUGAGUACGCUCUAUUUUCAAUAAGACAUGUCCUGCAACGUCUUCAUGAGAUGAGAAGCGAAGAAGAGUUUGAGCGUACACUUGAUGACGCUAAGAAAGUUUUUCGUGUUAUGAUGUCGUUUCCACUGGAAUUUAGUGAAAAUUUUGGCACUGGCACUACACUAAGAAAAGUUCCAAGAUGGAUGAAUAAUGAAGAAAUGUUAAUAACAGAAAGCCUUCACGUCACAGAUGCCUCAGUUUACAACAGUACGAAUAUAACACCAAUGCGAAGCUCGUACUACCAAGCCAUUCAUGCAAUCAUCUCAGGUCUAGGAUCGCGAUUUGAACAAGAAGAUCUUUUCCAGAUCAAAUGUAUCGAGGAACUGUUACUUAACUCUAUGAAAGAAAGAGGAGUAUCUUUAGAUGGAUUAAGCUAUUCUUUGAUUGAUAAAGAUGUUCUAAGAAUGCAGCUUGAUGAUCGUCCCACCAUUCUUGGGCUUUACAACGCGGAUCAGAACAAAAAAAUAACAGAAGUCACGCGUAUUUCAACAAUAGCAGAGAUAUUCAAUGCCAUGCCAUCAGCAAAGAAAAGGUACUCAGAGAUCCACAAACUAAUUAUACUAUACUACACAGUGCCACUCUCAUCUGCCUCGUGCGAACGCACAUUCAGCGUAAUGCGUCGUCUCAAAACAUGGCUGCGGUCAAACACUGAAGGAAAUCAUCUGAAUGAUAUUAUGUUCUCCAACAUUCAGAAACAGCACAUGAAUAUGGUGGAAAUAGACGUAAUUGCCAAAGAGUUUUCACAGAGAAAUGAAAGAAGAAUUAAAUAUUUUGGAAAAUACAAUACAUGA